AUGGAAAUUCAAAGAAGCAAGCAAGAUAUUUAGGGUUAAUCUCAAACUUAGGUUAUCUGCAGAUACAACGCCUAUCUAGACACGAUUAGAGAUGUAGUUAGCAGAUGUAACUAAAGACUUAUCAAACACGAGGUUUUCAACGGCAAAGUUAAAAAAGCUGAGAUUCAGUACACUAAGCAUCAAAAUAAGGAAUAUUAUAUAGCCAUAACUGAAUAAUUCAAGGAACUAAAAUCUAAGCAAAAGAAUGUUGUUAACGUUCAAUCAACUAUACAAAAGAAGCUAGGAAAGUCUAUAAACUUAUUGGCAACUGACUAUCAAAUUUGCAAAUAGUAUAAAAACUUUGUCUUUGAUGAGCCCUUGCUAAGUAGUAGUAUGAUUGAAUCUGUCUCAACUGCCUAAUCUUUAAAAUAACAUUAGAGAAUUUUCAAUGGCUAAUAAAAUAGUGUAAAGAAAGUAAAAAAAUUCAUAACUGAAAAACCAAGAGUUACUGGAUCUAUAAUAUCUUAGCUUGAGGAAAGAGCACGAGAAGGAGAUAGGAAUUCAGCAAAACUGGAGGACAUAGAUUCAAUUACAGGGGUAGAUGAUAAAUCCACCUUAGCUUUAUCUCAAGCAAAUAAUCACAAUAAUAUCAAGAGAUCUGUUUACAUGCUUCACAACAACCAUCAUCAAAGAUAGUACAAUCAAAUUUAGCUGACAACAUAUUCUUAGACUGAAAGUUUAUCACCAAUUAAAGAGGGGUUCUGCUAGGUCAAACUUCCAUUAAUAAAACGAAUAGAUAUUUACUCUAGGGAAGAAAAGCCAAUAAAGAAGGAAGUAAAUUAGAUCAUGCAGAAUUGUAAAAAUCGAAUGCGCAGAAUUUCGUAGGAUCUAUAAUCUGAUAACACACAAAUGAUCAUACUUGCAGACAGAUACGGAGACAAAUAAGAUAACAGGGAGUCUCAAAUGAAAAUAAGUGAUCAAGAAGAGUAUUCAGAUUAGGAUAUAAUGUUUUCGAAUCCUUAGACAAAUACAAAGGUCUCACUAAUUGAUUAGGGUUUUUCAACUGAUGAUCUAAAUAUAGAAAUCAACUCGAAAGGCUAUGACGCUGUCAAUAAUUUCUCACCAACUUUCAACAAUCAGCCAUUGUUCUCAAAAGACUAUGAUAUUCUUGCCAGGUCAUAUUAACAUAAUCAAGCACCUUUAAUUAACAAUCGCAAUAUAUUUGUUCCUGCAACUGAUAAAAUCAAGAAAGCAAAGCCAAAUAAAUCUGACAAUAAAAAUGGCUUAGGAAAGAAUGAAAGAUAAUCGAUAUUAAAUAAAGUAAAUCUAGAAGGCCCCCCACUAUUAUUUGGAUUGGAUUAAAAUAAGACUCAAAGAAGAAUAAUGAAUUUGGCAGAGGUACUUGGAUUCAAAGACUUCGUGCUGAAGAGAAGGAUGAAGGAUGGUUUAAAGUGCUAUGAAUUGGAUAAGCUGCAGCAAAUACUUCUUGAUUCGAAUCAACAGCACUUUGAUUUCCAAAGAUAUCAAUUGUCAACUAACAGUUCAAAGGAAAAUAACAUCCUCCGAUUAGACUCCGAAAGAAUUAAUGAAUUGCCUUAGAUUAAGUAAAGACUGCUUUCAAAUAGGCAAAUCAAUGAUAUCUAAUCAUUGAUUAGAAUGCCUGAAAUCUAACUUUAGAAAAUUACAGUUGAUACCAUUUAGUAGAAUGUUAUUAGUAACUAAAAAAUAAAAGAAUGA